CUAGGCCCGGCCCCUCCCCCCGUGUCACUUCCCGUCGCCGCUGGCGCCUCCUGUCCCGGGCCUGCUCCGCGCGCCGGAACCGCGGGCACCGACCCCCUCCCCCCCCGCCGGCCGGGCCAUGGAGCGGUACCGGGGGCUGACGGACACCGAGCUCAUCGCCAUGCUGCAGCGCUACGGCAUCCCGCACGGGCCCGUCGUGGGAUCGACCCGGAAGCUGUACGAGAGGAAGAUCUGCGAAUACGAGAGCCAGCGCACCAAGCUGUCGCCCCCGGGGGGCUACUCAGAUCCCGGCACCACCGAGACCUACAUCCGGGAAUCUUACAGCUACCCCCGGCAGGAGGAGCGGCGCCGCUAUGGGGCGGACGACUCCAGCCCCACCACGACGUACUCGCCGGCGCUGUAUGAUUUCCCUCGUCGUGAGGGUCACACCGGCUACCUGGGGGAUGACGUGGACACCGAGACCUACGAAGAAUCCUCCUCCUCCUCCUCCUCCUGGCUCUAUGGGGCAGCCCCAGGUCCCCUGGGGGAAGCCACCGCCCGCCAGCCGAUCGGCGAGGCUGCAUCCUACACCCCAAGCAGGUCGGAGGAGACCGAGAGGGACGGUGUCUCCUACCAGCGGGUCUGCCGGGCUCGCCCCGCCCCGCCCCCCAUGCGGGUGGAGCCGCGCCGCGCCAUCCACCCCCUGCCCCGCGGGGGGCCGGGGGGGGCCGGGGAGGGAGGCUCCCGGCGCUUCCUGCCUCUCUGGCUGCAGCUGCUGCUCUUCGGGGCGCUCGCGGCCUUCCUGGGCUACAUGUACUGGGCCCUGCAGGGCGGCGCCGACGACAACCCCUUCGUGCUGCCCCCCGAGGAGUGAGGGGCCCCCCCAGCCUGCCCCCCAGCACCCCCAAGGGCCCACAGCCUGUGUCUCAGCCCCCCCGUCCUGCCUCCCUGCCCCCGGGGCACCCCCAGGGGU